GGAGUAGUCAGCUUUUCGCACACCCGCCGCCCAACUCGCUCACAGCAGAGCCGCUUUCCGUCUCUUCCCUUGCCGCAAAAUCUUUGUUUGCCAUACAACAAGUGGCUCUCGUACACACUCGCGGUCACUACAUCCAUUCGCCGUCGAAUUAUUUCGUACUACAGCGAGGUCGUUGCUUUACUGGAAAGCCACCGCGUCUCCCCGCAACAGUAUUAAGAGAACGAAAGAUUUAAGUCUGAAAAGUUUUCAUCUACAUAAAGAAUAAUGCAGCGUGCGGCCUCAAGAAGUGCUGCCAGCCCAAAGCCGGAGAGCCCAGAGACCAGCCGACCCAUCAACAUUGAAAAGGAGUUGCAAAAAUUGCGAACUGCGUUUGGUUUGUUAGACCGUGACAGAGAUGGAAGGGUAACUGCAGGAGAACUGCAGCAUAUGUUGACAAAUUUAGGAAUCAACGUCAAUUCAGAAUUCCUCACCGAACUCCUUGCUCAGGCAAGUGAAUCUGGUGCAAGUUUGGUCAACGAGGCCGAGUUUUUGCAAUGGGUUACGGCCAUUGAGGCCGUGACCGCCGCCGCCGCCGGCACUUCCGAUGCCCCCGAGAGCCUGGCAAGCAGACUGAAUACCGUGUCCCUUGAUGAAGAGGACGCGAGUCAAGACCUGAUCGCGGCCUUCAGGGUCUUCGACAAGGACUCCAAUGGGUUUAUCACAAAGGACGAGCUAAGGUCAGCAAUGGAAAUUAUUGGUGAGCCGGUGACCGAAACUGAGCUGAAUGAAAUGCUUAGCAUUGCAGACAUUGACAGGGAUGGAAGAAUUAAUUAUGAAGGUGAAAGAUUUUCAAUUGUUUUAAAAUUUUUGAUUAUUUAUUUUGGUUUUCAAAUUCCAGAGUUUGCGAAAUUGCUGUCGUAAACGCAAGAGGCUGACUUAAAAUGGGUUUAAAAUUAUUUUACAAAAAAAUUCAAGUUGCGAAUUCUAUUCCUGAUGCUGUGAGAACAAAUUAAAAUAUACAUAUAUACUGUUUUUUUGUUAUAAGUAUUAACACAUAGGAGAUUGAAAUAAGAUAUGCGAUCGUUUGUAAAAAAGAAAUGUUUGCGCUUACCACUUUCUUAUUUUUAUAGUUCUCCUAUUUCUUUUAAAAAUGCCACAUUUUAAGAAAAAAUAAUAAUUUGUUUUUGAAUUUGAAUAAUCUAAUUCAAACUUUCUAUAUUUUUCUGUGUUUAUGCUGAGAUUAGUCUAGCAUGGUAAAUUUUAAAAAUGUGUAAAAAAAUUAUAUAAUAAAUUAUUAAAAAGAUAUGAAAAAGGUUAUUAUGCUAAAUUAUGUUGUAUUUUAUUCAUAUUCAGCAGUUCCUGGAAUAAUCAAAAAUAUUGACUAAGUUAAGUAGGUGUCAUUAAUUUGAAGCAAAACUAUUAAUUAAAAAUGAUUAAAACUUUUCCCCUGUAGGAUGCAUGACAAUGUCGUGAAUCUAGAAAUCAUGAUGAAAAAUAAGAAAAUUUAUUACAAAAUUGUAUAAUCUUCCUUAUUGUUAAAUUACCUGCACAUGAGGUGGAGCAGAAACGGCAAAAAUAAUGGCAUCAGCAACAUCUUUAGCUUUCAAAUUCGGUUCGUUAGAUAGACCUUUUUGCGCAUCCUCGGGAAAUCCAGAAGCACUGAAAAUUUCAGUUUCAACCAAUCCAGGACAAAUGCACUGUUCAGAUUAUAU